ACGAGAGUUACAGUGGACAGACAUGGCAACAUUAAACAUACUUAGGUUUUUAAAAACGUUUGAAGGAUUAAAGCAUGCACACAGCUUAAUAUCAAACGGACAAAGUCUUGCGUCUGGAGUUUCGUGUUUCGCUUUAGCGCGAUGUUUCACUUCUCACAAUCAGGACAUGAAGGGCGUGUUUCAUAAAGCAGCCAAAGCAAACCUGACACUGAACUACAGGUGUUUCUGCACUGUUACAGCCAGCAGAGUUUGCUGGAACUGUGGAUCUUCUACGGAGUUAUUUUUCUGUUCAUCCUGUAAAGUCAUCCAGCCUCCCCAUGACAUCAUCAAUUAUUUUCAGAUAUUGAACUGUGAAGAAACGUUUUCCUUGGACACCAAGAAACUUCAGAAACGAUUUGUUGAACUACAAAGAUAUCUUCAUCCUGACAACUUCAGCCAGAAAUCAUUGAAAGAACAAGAGUAUUCAGAAACGCAGUCAGCCCUGGUGAACAAAGCUUACAGAACGCUACAGAAACCUCUGAGUCGGGCCAUCUACAUGCUGGAGCUGCGAGGCGUUUUAUUGGAGGAGGGUACGGAUGCCACUGCCGACCCUGCGAUUCUCCUCGAGGUCAUGGAGGUCAACGAGAGCCUCGCAGAGACUCAGAACCAAGAUGAGGUCGACGCUAUCGGGCAGUCAGUGCGAGAUAAACUAAAGGAUUUGACUGAACAGAUGAAUUCGUCUCUGAACAAAGGUGAUCUGCUGACCGCCAAAGGCCUUCUGGUCCAAAUGAAGUACUUGUCAAAUAUAGAGGAGAAGGUGAAAAAGAGAAUUACAGAGAGUUGGUAAGGGAGCGUGAACAAUUGUAAAUAAUUUAAACUUCUUUGUUUUGUCAGCCCCAGCGCUGUUAAAGCGUCACACUUGUGUUUGCACAUUUUAAUUGUACUAUUUAAUGUUGUUUGUGUAGGCUGUAUUAUUAUUGUUGGCAACUGAAUAAAUACACUUAUUUUAAUCUAUUGUCAAAGGCAGUGUUUUUCAUUGUAAGGGUAAUGUAUUAAAGAUAUGAAAUA